UAAUUUUCAAAGAUGUGUAUCUCAGUACAGAAAUGACGGGAGACAUCUGUGGACUGUCCAUCACGAACACAAGAUUCAGUCCAAGAUUAUGAAUCUAAAAUGUAGAAAAGAGAGAAGCGAUAUCUCAAUUGAACCUCAACGAUACUACCGGUAACAUUGGCGUGGAAAUAUAUAUUGCGACGUCUUCAGGCAGGAUAAGCCACACUGUCAAAGUCUCUGGUGAAAUGUUGUAGUUAUUGUUGUUUUACUGUCAUCAUUACUUAGUAGACAUAGACCUGCUGUUAGUUACUAUAAUAACUCUGGUUCUACGUCUGUGUCCUGCAGCCUAAACUCACGAUGGCCAAAUGUCGUCGAAACGUUGAGAACUUCCUGGAGGCGUGUCGUAGGAUCGGCGUUCCACAGGACCGUCUCUGUUCAGUGGGGGAGGUCCUGGAGGGGGACGGCGGUGGCGUUUACGGGACGGUGGGCGUGUUGCUCACUAUGGCUCCGCCCCCAACUAGCCCCUCCCCUCGAGUCCAGCUGGCUGGCUUCGCCCUCUUCUACCUGUCCAUUAUGUCGUUGCUGUGUGCCCUCUACGUUCACCUGGCACCGCACGUUUGAACUCCACCGAUGUCUAGCACCAGAUGUCUCACCAGUAUUUACUGAGCAUCCUGUCCAGAAGUAUCUCGGUACACCAAAAUAUCUCACUAAUGAAGUAAUAGUUAAACCACAGACUAUAUAUGAGAAGUGGACGUUAUGAAGCCUCAAGUUCUGUGUUUUGUCCGUCGCCAUCUUGUAUUUUUUUAUC